AUGUCGAAAGACGUGUCACACCUGUGGGUUGGGCUCGUGAACAUCUACUCACGAUGCCAGCUGACGUUUCCUGAAGACAAGCCCUACGCUUUCUCGGGGGUCAUCAAAUUGUUCCAGGAGCUCUCCGGCGACGUGUAUCUUGCCGGUGUAUGGCAAACAAACGAAGCUACUACACCAUCUCGCCUGGGUGGUUACGAAGCCGGCACCUAA